AUGCCAGGGAUAUCGAAGGCCGGCGAAUUGGUACCCAAUUUUCGUGCUGAUGGGGAAGUGAAAGGACGACAGCCAAGGGAUUCCGCUAACGGAGCUCUCAUGAUUCCCCUGUACCCCAAUUCCAAAAAUCUAUAUCAAGGCCCUCCUCUCCCACCAGAAUUCUGGUUUUCUCUCUCCUUCCUCUCUCCAAGCAAUCAAUUGCCUUCACCUUUCCCUCUUCACCAGCCAAAAGCACAAAGCUUACCAUUCAAUAUGGGUUUCAUUACUAAGGCCAUCCCUCUCGCCCUGGCGGCGGCAUCUGUCAUCAACGGCGCUGAGAUCAUGGAGACUCGCGCUGGUGUCCAGACCCUCGCUGACAAGUACAUUGUUGUCAUGAACGAUGGCAUGACCGACAAGGACUUCGACUCCCACCGCUCCUGGGUUAACCGCACCCACCGCCGCCGUUUGAUCCGCCGUGGCGCCAAAGCCAUGGGUGGUAUGAAGCACACCUACCGCUUCCCAACUGGCCUCAAGGGAUACUCUGGUCACUUCGAUGAGCAGAUGAUCAAUGAGAUUUCCAAGCGCGCUGAUGUCAAAUACAUUGAACGUGAUGCCCGCGUCCAAAUCAACGCUAUUGAACAGCAGGACAACGUUCCAUCCUGGGGUCUUGCCCGUGUCGGCUCCAAGGAGCCCGGUGGCACCACCUACUACUAUGACGGCACUGCUGGCGAGGGCAGCACUGCCUACGUUAUUGACACCGGUACCGAUAUCCAGCACGAGGAAUUCGAGGGCCGUGCCACCUGGGGUGCGAACUUCGUUGAUGACAUGGACAUGGACUGCAACGGCCAUGGUACUCACGUCUCUGGAACCAUUGGUGGUAAGACCUUCGGUGUUGCUAAGAAGAGCAACGUCGUUGCCGUGAAGGUCCUCGACUGCAACGGCUCUGGCUCCAACUCUGGUGUCAUCAUGGGUAUGGAAUGGGCUACCAAGGACGCCCAGCAGAAGGGUGCCGACAAGGCCGUCGCCAACAUGUCCCUUGGUGGUGCCUUCUCCCAGGCCUCCAACGACGCCGCUGCAGCAAUUGCUAAGGGUGGUGUCUUCUUGGCUGUUGCCGCCGGUAACGACAACGUCGAUGCCGCUGAUUCCUCCCCAGCUUCCGAGCCCUCCAUCUGUACCGUUGCUGCCUCCACCGAGCAGGACAGCAAGGCCGACUUCUCCAACUUCGGUCAAGUUGUUGAUGUCUACGCUCCCGGUGACUCUAUCACCUCCGCCAAGCCAGGUGGUGGAUCUCAGGUCCUCUCCGGUACCUCCAUGGCCACCCCACACGUCGCCGGUCUCGGUGCCUACCUCAUUGGCCUCGGCAAGGGCGGUGGCCCCGGCCUCUGCGACACCAUCAAGCAGACGGCCAUCGAUGUCAUCCAGAACCCCGGCGCCAGCACCACCAGCAAGCUCAUCAACAACGGAUCUGGCAUUGGCUUUCUUUCUUUCCCCUUGAACAUAUAUGAAGAGCAAUGGUCGAAGCUUUUCGACUUGUAA